GACUAAUUCCCAACAGAGACCAAUAGACACAAUUACAGUAUCCAUAAAAAACCAAUACAAUUUCUAUUAUAACCAGUAAAACUAUUACAAAUUCUGUAAAGGUUUCUGUUGUUUGGUUGUUUUUUCAGCAGGGUAGUUUGAUUUUCAGUUUGUUGAGUCUGGUGGAUGAAAGCACAAAUAAAGUUCAAAUGUACUUUCAGUCUCUGUUCAGAAGCUCAAAAAGCAUCAGAAGCUCCACCUUUCUUUACCUUCAACCUUUACCCUACCAGGAAGUGACUAGUCUUAUGAUUUCUGCCAUUUCACACUGAAAGCUAAAGAGUCAGUGUUUUGGAGAUCAGUAGAUGACACUGUAAAUGAGGAAUUUGGAGAAGUGUAUUGAACAGAAUAUACGUUUGAUUUUUAUUGUAAUUGUAAUUUACUUUUCAAAGUCAGAAAGUGAAAGUAAAUUGUAGAUCGUUGCAGCUUUUACGAGAACAGGAAAUGGAUCCCAAAUCUGUGGAAGAGCUUUCUUGUCCCGUGUGCUGUGAAAUCUUCAAGGAUCCUGUCCUUCUGUCCUGCAGUCACAGUUUCUGUAAAGAAUGUCUUCAACAGUUUUGGAGAACCAAGAAAACUCAGGAGUGUCCCGUCUGCAGAAGAAGAUCGUCAAGAGCAGAGCCUCCACGUAAUCUAGCGUUAAAAAACUUGUGUGAUUCACUGAUAAAGGAGAGGAACGAGAGGCGCUUAUCAGGAUCUGAGGAGAUCUGCAGUUUACACAGUGAGAAACUCAAACUCUUCUGUCUGGAGGACACACAGCCGGUGUGUUUAGUGUGCAGAGACUCAGAGAAACAUGUCAGUCACACAUUCAGACCCAUCAGAGAAGUGAUCUCAUCUCACAAGGAGGAAGUGAAUACAGCGCUGACAUCUUUACAAAACAAGAUCAAACAUGCAGAGGAAAUCAAAGCAGAGUGUGAUAAAACUGUUCAACACAUCACGUCUCAAGCUGAGCACACCGAGCGUCAGAUUAAAGAGGAGUUUGAGAAGCUUCAUCAGUUUCUCAGAGAUGAAGAAGAAGCUACAAUCACUGCACUGAGGGAGGAAGAGGAGCAUAAGAAGCAGAUGAUGAAGGAGAAGCUGGAGGAGUUGAACAGACACAUCUCUGCUCUUUCACACACAAUCAAAGACACGGAGGAGAUGAUGAAGGACAGCGAUGCCUGCUUUCUGAAGAACUUCAGCAUCACGAUGGAAAGAGUCCAGAUCCCAUCACAGCGGGAUCCACAGAUGAGUUCUGUAGCUUUGAUUCGUGUGCCACAUUACUUGAGUAACCUGCGCUUCAGAGUCUGGAGGAAGAUGCAGGAAACUCUUCAACACACUCCAUUGACUCUAGAUCCAAACACAGCAGGUUAUUUCCUCACUCUCUCUUCUGAUUUGACCAGUGUGUCUUACAGUGAUUUACGUCAAAAUCUUCCUGAUAAUCCAGAGAGGUUUGACAGGUAUCCAUGUGUUCUGGGAUCUGAGGGCUUUAACUCAGGAACACACUGCUGGGAUGUGGAGGUUAGAGACACUACAUACUGGAGUGUUGGAAUAACCACAGCAUCAAACCAAAGGAAGGGAGAGGUUUUCUUUAACUAUAAUGUCUGGCGUGUGCGUUACAAGAACAGCAAAUACAGCUCACAAUCCCCAGAUCAACCCUUCAUUGGCUUCACAGUUAAAGAGAAGCUGCAGCGUGUGAGAGUUCAGCUGGACUGUGACAGAGGAAAAGUGUCCUUCUCUGAUCCUCGAACUAAUAUCUGUCUCUGCUCAUUCACAACAACCUUCACAGAGACUCUCUUUCCUUUCUUAUAUAAUCGCUGCAAAACUUCCCCUCUGGGGAUCUUACCAGUUAAACUGAUCGUAAGAACAGAAAAUCACAGUUAAAUCGAAUUCUGCUUUUAGAUCAAUUAAGGUACAAUAAUUAGUUGUUUACAUCGUUUUGCAUGUUAUCAUUAAAUACUGGAUAUUCUGUAGGGAAACUAAUGGAUAUUAAACGACACAUAUCUGAAUAUAUAUGAAAUUAUAUUUUAAGGUAAAUAACAUACAAACAAACUAACAGAAGUAGCAAUAUUUUUUUCUUUUUUCUGAAUAUUGACCUGCCCUGCGCAACAUUUUUUUUUAUUGUAUUAUUGAAAAAGUACAAAAGUAGGGCAGGGCUUGGUUCUGUUCAUCCAUUUUUGACUGGAUCUUGACUGAUUUUUGGAUUUGAUUGAUUGUGAUUGGUAUUACACUCAAAUAUGAAUGUAAUUGUAGUGAAGAGGAGUGACUGAGUAGAGGAUCCAAACAGAAUCA